AGAGCUGCGCCAGCUGCUGGACGGGAUCUUUCGCCCAGCCUUCACCCCAGACACUCCUAGGCCCGCCGCGCCCGGGAGUUGUGGACUCGAGAGCGGCUACCGAUUGUAUCAUGGUGACCCCUUGCCCCGCCAGCCCCGCCAGCCCCACCGCGGGAGCCGGGAGGCGGGACAACCACCAGAACCUCCGCGCCCCGGUGAAGAAGAGCAGACGCCCGCGCCUACGGAGGAAGGAGCCACUGCAGCCGCUGAACGCGUGUUCGCUCCCGGGAGACUCAGGCGUCUGUGACCUCUUUGAGUCCCCCAGCUCCAGCUCGGACGGCGCGGACAGCCCCACAGCGCCUGCGGCGCGGGACUGCAGCGCCCUACUCGGCUCUGCCCAGCCCUUGACCGCGCUAGAUCUCCAGACCUUCCGAGACUACGGCCAGAGCUGCUACGACUUUCGCAAGGCGCAGGAGAGCCUUUUCCACCCGCGGGAGUCGCUGGCGCGGCAGCCACAAGUGACAGCAGAAUCCCGCUGUAAGCUGCUCAGCUGGCUCCUGCCGGUCCACCGCCAAUUCGGCCUCUCAUUUGAGUCGCUGUGCCUGACCGUGAAUACGUUGGACCGGUUCCUCCUCACGACUCCGGUAGCGGCAGAUUGCUUCCAGCUGCUCGGGGUCACCUGUCUGCUCAUCGCCUGCAAGCAGGUAGAGGUGCACCCACCCCGAGUGAAACAGCUCCUGGCCCUGUGCGGCGGCGCCUUCUCCAGGCAGCAGCUGUGUAACCUGGAGUGCAUCGUGCUGCACAAGCUGCACUUCAGCCUGGGCGGGCCCACCAUCAACUUCUUCCUGGAGCACUUCACUCACGCGCGCGUGGAGGCGGGUCAAGCUGAGGUCACCGAGGCUUUAGAGGCUCAAACCCUGGCUCGGGGAGUGGCGGAGCUGAGCCUGGCGGAUUAUGCUUUCACCACCUACACCCCUUCCCUGUUGGCCGUCUGCUGCCUGGCGCUGGCGGAUGGAAUGCUGCGGCACCCGAAACCCCUGGACCUUCGCCUGGGAGAGCACUCAGAGGCGGCGCUGCAAGACUGCCUGGGCAAGUUGCAGACGCUGGUGUCCAUCAACAGCACCUCCCUGUCUCACAUGCUGCCUCCCCAGAUCUGGGAGAAGUGCAGCCUGCCCCAGAGUUGGAAAUAAAAAUCACACCCCUUGAGCUCCUUUUAUUCCCUG